AUGAUACAAUGGGACCGCAACGUCUGCGGCGUUGCACCCGAAGUAGCAGGUGCAGGUGCGUUUGCGGGGAUGUCUAUGAUGAUCCAAAAGCAACGGACGGAGAUGGGCGAUGGAUGGCGAGCGGAGCAGCGUCUCAUCAUCCAGGUCAAUCAAGCCUCGAGGUCAUCAUGGAAGAGACUAAGACUUCUGGAAGCAAGUGUUGGCGGAGCUUGGUUUGCUAAGCUCUGCGAGCGAUUAGUGGCCUAUAUAUCAGCAACUCGCGCUGAUUGGCUCGACCCACUUUUACCCCAAUCCCACCCCUUACCUCGAGUUGCUAGCAACUCCCCUAAUGAAUUUAGUUAA